AUGAAACAAAUAUUAAUGGUAUUUCUACUUGUUGGUUUCGUCGUUUCACAAUUUGUAAGUUUGACUAAAAUUUCCAAAACUUAGAAUUUCUUCUCUGAGUUCUUACGUAUGUUAGAAAUCCACAACUUCAACAACGACUACAAAAAAACAAGGAUGGGUUCGAUCAAAAGUAACAAGAUUUCAAGAAUUUGUUGGAAUUCGGAGAAAAUCAACAACUGAAUCAACGCCAAGAUCACGAAAAACAACAGUUUCACGAUCUUUUAUAGAUCGAGUUCUUGGAAGGACAAAAACUACCACAACACAUAUUCCACGUCAUAGUAUUACAACUACAGUAUCCCCAACAACUCGAUUUUUUGAUAGAUUUACUAGAAGAAAAACUACAGUAACCAUAACAACAUCGACAAUUAUUCCAACAACAAUUCCAUUCACAAGUUCAACUCGAUCAUCAUUUUUUGAUCGAGUUUUGGGAAAAUUUCGACCUACAAUAACACCGAUUCCUAGUCAUUUUCAUCCAAUUAAUGAUGAUGGAUUUGUAACAACUACAACUCAAAUAGUUACAACAACUGAUAAAUCAAUAUUCUCUAGAAUAUUUGACAAAAUAAAAUCGGCAUUUCAAAAUGAAAAAGUUCAAAAAUAUGGGAAAAAAGCGAUUGAGAAGUUAUCCCCAAUGGUUUUGAAAAAAGUCAAAGAUUAUUUUGCGAAUCGAAAUAAGAAAACUGAAGAUGGAAAUGGAAAUAGAAAUGAUAAAGAUAAAGUAUUCAUAUUUUUAAAAUCAAAACCUCUAUCAAGUUUAAGAAAAAAUAAAAUAAAAAAGGAUAAUAUUUCAGAACUUCCAUGGUUUCAACUCAUUUUUCUCGACUGAUGAAGAAUUUCCAACACAAUUGCAAAAUUUCGAGGGAAAUACACAAAGAGAUUUGAAGGAAUUGAAAGCAAAAGUUGAAAGAUUGGAAAAAUUAGUGGAAGGUUUGCAAUCAACUAUUUUGAAAGAUUGGAAUACAACUGAAAGUGGAUCGAGAUUUAAAUUGUUUGAGGAGAGAAAAAAUUGGGAUGAAGCAGAGGUAAAAAAAUGUUUUUGGAAAAUUUGAAAACCACGAGAUAUUUUUUUAAAAAGUGAAAUAAAAUGUUAUUUUCAGAAAACCUGUCAAUCUUUUGGUGGACAUUUAGUUGUUGUGGAUAACGAUAAUAGAAAUAAUUAUGUCAAAGGUCAGCAUAAAUUUUUUUCAAAAUAGAAUAUCACAAUUUCAGAAUUACUUAAAUCAUCAAGUCAAACAGCUGACUUCGCUUGGAUUGGAAUGAAAACAAAAACAACAACCCAAACCUCAACUUUCACCAAUUUCGCAUCUGAAAAUCCAAUCGAUGGUUGUGCAGUUAUUGAUAAAACUGGAGUUUGGGCAAUUCGUUCAUGUGUUCAAUUGAGACCUUUUAUAUGCCAAAUAAUCAAAAUUGAUGUCAAUAUUUGA